AUAUGAUCUUCUUCCUGCUUGGGGUCUGCUUUCCUCUAACAGCAGCUGAACAUGGCGGAUUUUGACGAGCGGCGGUCUCUGUUGGGAGACGGGGAUGAAGGUUCGUUCAGCGGCCGACAGGUAGCCAGAGAACCCGGCAGAACAAUGCCAGCCAUCUGCGACCCAAGCCAUCUCCUGCACCGAGUAGUAGUCCUGAUUUUUAUGUGUUUCCUGGGAUUCGGAAGCUAUUUCUGUUAUGACAAUCCAGCCGCACUUCAAACUCAAGUCACACAGGAUCUGAACUUGAACACUGCGAAGUUCAUGCAGCUGUAUGCCUGGUACUCCUGGCCAAAUGUGGUCCUCUGCUUCCUGGGGGGAUUUCUGAUUGAUAGGGUGUUCGGCAUCAGGCUUGGAACCAUAAUCUUUUCCCUUUUUGUCUGUGUUGGACAGGUUAUAUUUGCUGCUGGGGCAUUGUGCAAUCGUUUUUGGCUGAUGGAAAUGGGACGUUUUGUAUUUGGUAUUGGGGGAGAGUCCCUAGCUGUGGCCCAAAACACGUAUGCUGUGAACUGGUUUAAAGGCAAGGAGCUUAAUCUGGUUUUUGGCCUUCAGCUGAGCAUGGCCCGACUGGGCAGCACAGUGAACAUGAACAUCAUGGGCUGGGUGUACAGUGAAGUCGCAGUGGCUGUUGGGUCCUCUGGAUACACCACGCUCGGCAUAUCACUCAUGAUAGCUGCUGGAACCUGUGUGUUUUCUCUGUUGUGUGCCUUGGUGCUGGCCUUUUUUGAUAAGAGAGCAGAGAGGAUCCUCCAGAAGGAGCUGGGGAAAACGGGGGAAGUUAUAAAGCUGACUGAUGUGAAAGAUUUCUCCACAUCCCUGUGGCUCAUCUUCAUCAUUUGUGUGUUUUACUAUGUCGCCAUUUUCCCAUUUAUUGGACAGGGCCAAGUAUUUUUUAUUGAAAAAUUCAACUUCUCCCCAGCUCAAGCCAGAGCCAUCAACAGUAUUGUAUACAUCAUCUCAGCUCCUGCAUCUCCAAUUCUUGGCUUUAUCGUUGAUAAGACUGGGAGAAAUGUGGGUUGGGUCUUUACUGCCGUCAUCGCAACACUUGCCGCUCACAUGAUGUUGGCCUUCACUUUUUGGACCCCAUGGAUUGCUAUGUCCCUGCUUGGUGUCUCGUACUCCCUGCUGGCCUGUGCACUGUGGCCCAUGGUGGCCUUUGUGGUGCCUGAACAUCAACUGGGAACAGCCUAUGGCUUCAUGCAGUCCAUCCAGAAUCUGGGCCUUGCUGUCAUUGCGAUUGUAGUAGGAGUCAUUGUGGAUUUAAGAGGAUACCUGGUGUUGGAAGUGUUUUUCUGCGCCUGUAUUUGCAUCGCGCUGAUGGCAGUGGUGGCGCUGUACUUUGUGGAUUAUCUCAAAGGUGGAGGUCUGAACUGGUCAGCUGCAGCCAGAGCCAAACUGCAAAAGGAGACCUCUCCAGAUGCAGAAUGAUGGUGAUGAGCGAACACACAUGGUCCUGGGUUCUUCAGAACCAGCAUGCUGCAAUGUCCACCCCAGAGCUUUCAGUCUACGGCCAAUGGGGCGGGACUGCGGUUCUGGCUCUGCCCAGUGAUGUCAUCUGUGGCUCUUCGAACCUGAACUGACUCUCUGGAAUUGGCUGCUGCUUAACCCUGUGUUGAUAUAAGGACACUGACACAUGACAAAUCUCACUUUGGACAUAACUUCUUCUCACCUGACAUUAAUUCUACCUGCUGUUGCACACAACUAACUCAUAGCAGCAUGAAGUUUUAAGUGCUAGAAUGUUUUUAAAACUGUCAAGAGGAAUGGUACCCUUAUUCCUUCAAAAUCCUUGAAUUUUAUUAUAUUCCAUUGUAACUCUAAAUCUAGGGUUCCUGUUUUAGUUUAGGUAAACUCUGUGGGUAUUAUUUUGUUUCCAGAUUGACUUAUUUGAGUUAUCACAUGUCAGCAUUAUCAAUGACAAGCCAAACUCUUUCAUAAUGGAAGAAGCACACUUACUUUCCCCGUCAGCUUUAAUUAAAUGCAUCAUUGACCUUUUACUUGCUGGAUAAUCUCCAACAGAGCAUAGUUUUUACUGUUUAGGCUUUAUUGCUCAAUUAUUCUAUUUCCUAAACUCUUUAACUGCUUUUCAGUGAUAUAGAGUUCAUAAGAGUUCAUUUUCUUUUGCAUCAUCAAAUACUAUAUUAAUGUAUCAAUCUAAAAAAGUAGGCCCACUUAUGAAUGCAUUGAACUGUGUAAUGGUACUCAGCUUUAGUUUUUUUUAAACUUAAUCCUUAACGUGACCUUUUUAAAAGAUUUAAAUGUUUUAUAGAUAUUUCUCGUUUAUUAAACUCAGGUGAUUAACUUGGUCAAAGCCCUUCCCAAAAUUGCUGCUUGCUUCAUUUGAGCAGACUCUUCAUGCACUAUGCUUUAACAAUUAGCAUUUCACUAAUGUAGUUGGAGAUUAGUAUCCAUAUGCUUAUAUUCUGGUUUGCAGACUAGGCAUGAGCUGUUACGAGUUUCUCACUGUAUCACUAUAUUAACUCACCGUAAGUUUGAAAUAAAAAAUGUAUUCUUUGACAAAAUUGUUCAAUAAAUGCCUGCUAAAUUUAAUAGUAGGCUUGCAGGUGUGUAAUACAUAAAAUAUUACAAUUCUUUGCAGUUCUGAGCUUUAGAGUAAUGCAAAUAUCACAAAUCAUUCAAACUUUCCUCGUACGGCAUUUUUCAAAAAGACAAGUGUAACAAAGUGCUUUUUGGAGGCGAACCACUCAUGGACGAAGCAACACUCUUGAAAUGAUCAUAUUAAGUUGACAAAAAGAAAAACACCUAAAAGAAAAUUGAGAAAUUAUUUAAAAAAAAACAUUAUAAAAACAUAUGUGAUUAAAAUUUUAAAAUCAAUAAAAUAGCAAAGAAAACAAAUAUAUAAUUCUAAAUUUCAUCUAAAACUGAAUAAAUGUAUUCAAAAUCAAAAAAUAUAUAUCUUAAUGAAUCAAUCAGACAUCAAAGUUUUACUGAAGUAAAAAGAUAAAAAACAGUAGUAGUAGAACAACUGGAUUAUUGAUGAAACUCAGUCAUAAAUGAGGAAACUCUAGAGACAGAAAAAAUAUAACAUUCACUUCUUUGUCUAAUUAAAACAGACAGACUUAAUCAUUAGAUGAAUUUAAUUUCCAUCAAGAAAUAAAUCAUUUUCAGUCUAAAAUAAUGCUAAAAACUAGACUGGAUAUUUGUUUUAAACAUUAAUCAAAUUUGACACUAAAACAUGUAUUCAAAAAAGACAAAAUUUCACAAGUAAAGCCAGGCUAAAAAGAAGAGUUUAUCUUUUUUUUUUUUUUUAAUAUCAGCACUCUUAGCUGUUUAGGGCUAAAAGAAUGAUAUGUGUAUAUAUCUUGUUAAAGGUAACCAACCCAUGUCUUUUUUUAGGGUGUAGAAAGUUAACUGACUCAGUAAGGCAAAUGUGUCCCAAUCAAAGGACGGAAAAUAUCAGAAUUUAAAAUUAUCCCUGAAAUUGCACAUUAGAAGGGUGAGUUUGGUGGGGCAGAACCCAAAUGAUCUUAUAGGUUGUACUUAUUUCUAUUGAGUUAUGGUGGCUGUACCAUUUGUAACAUUUUGUCAAAUGUAGCUAAAUUUUGAUUUGUUUAAAUUAUGUGAUUGAGAGGUACUGAUUUAUUCAAUGAUUUAAGCUAAUUAUAUUUGCAACCAAGUGCUAUGACAUUAUGAUAAACAUAAAUUAUUUGUAUUAAACUUUUGAAUUCCUUCCUUGUUACUGCAGCAUCUCUCUCCGCUGUCAUGUGAGGCGUGCUUCUUUACCUUCUCUGUCCAUUGUUUGCAUUCGAAUGCUCAUGUCAGUACGGCAGCAAGCAUGUUUAUUGUGCGCACGCUAUUCCUGCAGGCCUAAAAGGCAGCCCAGUACGGUGACGCAGGGCGAGCAUGCUAGACUGGCACCCAUGUCUGCUUUUGGCUUGCGUAACAGGUACCUCUCCAGGCUGGGAGCACAGGUAUGAUCGUGAUUAGUGAAAAAUCCAUUUGAUUUCUCUUUAUAAUCUGUUCUUGCAUUUGUUUUUUUACUACAGCAGUGGUGCUGCUUAGCCUGUGGUCUUGCGUCUCUUUGUUCUGCUUGAUUUUUUUUUGUUCUCUCUGCUCUCAGCUCCCAGAUCACUGUUCUACCCAUCUGUCAUCACUUGCCCACAGGAGUGUUCUGAAAUGACACCCGUCGUUCAUCUGUCUGCUCCUGCAGUGCUGUAAACGCUAACUUUGUGGUUUCAGACAAGUAUGCACAAAAAUAGGACGGUGCUUCAAAAGUGUCACGUUUUGUACAAAAUGUUUUUGCACUUUAACCUUUUAAGGUUUUCAUGGUGUUAAUAUUGACGGUUGAAUAUUUGGUUUUUUUUUUUUACUUUUUGGUUUUCUUUGGUUCAUCGUUUAUACCACUUGUUUUUAUUUCUCACAUUCAUCUAUGUUGGAUUUGCUGCACACUCGGUGCCUUCUACUAAAGUCAAACCAAAGUUGUUUUUUUUUUCACCAAGAUCUCAGGUGAUCACUGAAUGUUUUUAUCUGUUUUAGAUGUACAGCCUUUAUAAACAGCAGAGGGCGCCAGUUCACUCCACUCGCCAUAGAAUUGCUUUGUUUUAAUUAAGCAAUCAAUAUUUACGGUUACAUUUUCUAAGUUACCACAUGUUACUGGGAUAAGGGAGAGCUUAAGAAAUGUUUUAAAGGAUUGUGAAGUUUUUUUUUUGUUUUUUUUUUACAUGUUACAUUUUUUUAGAUUUGAAAUAAUACAACUUUUAAAGGCAGUUAAAGUUGUUAGUAGAAUCUUUACUCACAGAGACCUUCUGAAAUAAGUUACUGCUGUCUAAAAUGUACAAUUGAUGCCUUUUUGUGGUUUUGUUUGGAAAAAACAGAAAUUCCUAUCUUAGUGAGGAGGUGUGGUUUACCUCGUUGCUAAGUGUGACAACGUCUUCUAAGGGCUGUGAUUGAUUGUUGGAAGAAAAAAAAAACGCACACAAAAAAAGCAAAUGCGCUCCUUGUGAUCAAUGGAGAGAAAUUAACCAUGAUAGAAUUUAGACUGGAUUCUGAAAUGUAUAAAUCAUGAUGAUGAAACUUAGCAAGGUUAAAUUAUUUAUCACACAGCAUCAGCAUGUUUAUUUACAUGCUCAUUAUUUUGAUCUGCUUAUGUUUACUCGCCAUGCUGGUCAUUUUCAUACUGAAUCUAUUUCAUAUUAAUAUUAAAAUUCAGCAUUUCACUGUGA